AUGACUGAAUUCAAACCAAUCCAUUUUAUCCCUGAAGCUCGCCAGGAGCACAUUCUCUCUCUCACCGUUCAGCGCAUCAUAGCGGCACCGCACCACCAAGACGCCGGCACAAACCACUGGUGCUUCUACCUCGUCGUCUCCCCCAGCACCUCUAUCAAACUCGACUGUGUGCCCAGUUAUUCAGCCCCCAGCGACAUCCUCCCAGGCGGGUCCAAGGCGUACCUGAUUCUCUCCGAGCUCGACUACUUGGUACCUGAUGAUGUUGAAGCGACAUUCAAUCUCGACGUCCCGACGGAUAUCGGUACAGAGAUCACAGUCGACGAUAUUCUGGAGGUUCUAAUCGAUAAUAAUCGCCAUAUGUACGGGUUCGACAGUAAUGGGGCAGGAUGCCGGUUCUGGGUCACGGAACAGCUGGAAUUCUUUUACGACGCUGAAUAUCUGGUGGAUGGGACGCAGGUUCAAGCCGUCAAGGCUGCGUUGGUGAAAUUGUGGCCGGAGCAGACACCCUUGGAACUUGACAAGGGUGCUUAUUACGACAAUUUCUAG